CUCCGCCCUCGAUUAGUCGUCCUGGCUGAGUCCUGUUGUUGCUACAAGCAGCAUCAGCGAAUCAUCCCGAGGUGCGAAAUAGCGGAAAAUAAAUCCACCUUUUUUUUUUUUUUUUUUAGCUUUGAAGGCGCAAAGGCAUCGAAUAAUUAAAUUGUCACCGGUGUCGAGAUUGAGGACUACUUUUUUUGUCGGGCGGAGAAGAGCUCUAGCUAGGCUGCCCGCCGUGCUGCUCCGCCACCCGCUCGGAAGUUAGCCCGACCAGCCCGCUUCACUGCCCGGGCAGCAGCGGCCAGGCAGUCCCGCUCACCAACCAUGGCGCUGCGGGCUAGAGCCAUUUACGACUUCACCUCCGAGAACCCCGGCGAGGUGUCCGUGCGGGAAAACGAGAUAGUAAGUUUGUGCAGCGAGAAGGACAUCGAGGGCUGGCUGGAGGGGACCAACAGCAACGGCGAGAGGGGACUUAUCCCCGCGUCCUACGUGGAGAUCUUGCGGAGCGACAACAACAACACUUCUGGCUCCCGCUAUGCCAACGUACCGCCUGCGGGCUUGGACGGCUCCGGUCAGACCACGGUGGACAAUGUCCCGGACGCUAUCAAGGCGCCUCCACAGACCUACCAGCAGACCAGCGACGACGACUGGGACGACGACUGGGACGACAGUUCAACUGUGGCGGACGAGCCGGGAACUGUGGGCAGCAGGUACUAUGGAGAAAACGGGCCGACCACUUACAGAGUGUCCACCGUCUGCAUGUCGAGAGGACAGCACCCCAAGAGCUCGGCGACGGUCAGCAGGAACUUGAACCGCUUCUCCACGUUCGUCAAGUCCGGCGGAGAGGCCUUCGUGCUGGGUGAGGCGGCGGGUUUCGUCAAAGACGGGGACAAGAUCUGCGUGGUGAUGGGACAGUACGGCCCGGAGUGGCAGGAGAACCCGUACCCGUUUUCCUGCGCAAUAGACGACCCCACCAAGCAGACCAAGUUCAAAGGCAUGAAGAGCUACAUGUCCUACAAGCUGACGCCCACGCACACCCAGGACCAGGUGCAUCGGCGCUACAAGCACUUCGACUGGCUCUACGCCCGCCUGGUGGAGAAGUUCCCCGUCAUCUCGGUGCCUCACAUCCCGGAGAAGCAGGCCACGGGCCGCUUUGAGGAGGACUUUAUCUCCAAGAGGAGAAAGGGUCUCAUCUGGUGGAUGAACCACAUGACCAGCCACCCCGUCCUGGCCCGCUGUGACGUCUUCCAGCACUUCCUCACUUGCAGCAGCACGGACGAGAAGGCCUGGAAGCUGGGCAAGAGGAAGGCCGAGAAGGACGAGAUGGUGGGUGCCAACUUCUUCCUCACCAUCAGCACGCCGCCCGCGCCUCUCGACUUCCAGGAGGUGGAGAGCAAGAUCGACGGCUUCAAGGCCUUCACCAAGAAGAUGGACGACAGCGCCCUGCAGCUUAACGCCACCGCCGCAGAGUUCGCCCGCAAGCAGAUGAGCGGCUUCAGGAAAGAGUACCAGAAGAUGGGCGUGUCCUUCAAGGUGCUGAGUCAGGCCUUUGAGAUGGACCAGCAGGUCUACUCUGCUGGACUCAACCAAGCUAUUUUCUUCACCGGGGACACCUACGAGUCCAUCGGGGACUUCUUUGCAGAGCAGCCCAGCAGGGAUCUGGACCCCAUUGUGGAUUUGGUGACGCUUUAUCAGGGACACCUGGCCAACUACCCAGACAUCAUCCACGUACAGAAAGGAGCCCUGACCAAGGUGAAGGAGAGCCAGCGGCACGUGGAGGAGGGCAAAAUGGAGGCUUUGCAGGCGGAGGGCAUCAAGGAGCGCUGCAACAUCAUCUCCUGCGCCACGUUGGCAGAGAUCCAGCACUUCCACCAGAUCCGCGUGCGCGACUUCCGGGCGCAGAUGCAGCAAUACUUGCAGCAGCAGAUCUCCUUCUUCCAGAAAAUCACGGCCAAACUGGAGGAGGCGCUGCACAAAUACGACAACGCGUAGCGGCCACGGGAACUGUGUGACCCUUCCAGACACCACGGACGUGUUCUUUGAAGCACAACAAAUCCAAUCGAUUUAACGCCGACAUCGGCGAGAAUCCGCAACAGGAAGCAAGCAUGACUUCAUCUUUUUUAAUGUGGCUUUUAAAGGGACUUAGGAACGUCUCGCUGUGCCUUCCUCUUGUUACCAAGCGCUUUAUGAAUGUGAAAAUAUGUUGCAAAGCAGUUCUUUUAUCAGACUGACGACAAAAGCAUGUUUUUUUACACACUCGCAGGAAGUCAAAGAGACACUUUGUGACCUUAAUCCCUGACUUUGUCACAUUUCUAAAUGCAGUCUUUCACAAACUUUUUGACAACUGUCAUGUUGUUGUUGUGAAGCAGAAAUAAAUUGCUCCUUCACACUUUUGUCCAUUUUUGUUUUGGGCUCACAAAUGUGUUGAGCGUGAAAAGUUCAACUAAUUGUGCAGCCGCACGCCUCAGAGUCAUAUAACUUGGCACCUGGCACAUGUUAACAGUUAGCAUGCUAUAGGGUUGUACGGUAUACCGGUAUUAGUAUAGUACCGCGAUACUAAUAUCAUAUUCAGUACUAUACCGCCUCUAAAAAGUACCGGUCAGCCAACCCCUCUGACCCGCCGUCAUCGUCACGUCGUGUCAUUGCUGGUUUUGCGAGCAGAGGAGCAUGUUCGGCAGCGCACUGAAACACCCUCAGGAGGAGGUGCUUUAAGACAUGGCUAACUAGCUAGCGGCUAAACUCCAGCCGCAUUCUGCAGUAUUUUAGCUACUUUGAAAUCACUAAUCCUCGCCUCCAUGGCGACAAAUAAAGUAUGUAACAUUAUCACUGCAGGACGAGGAAUAGCUAAACAUGCUUACCUACACACCCUAGGAGGAUACAAUUUGCUCACUGGCGCCACAAUGUAAACAAAUGCCAUUGGUGGAUUUACACCUGACAUCCACUGUAAUGAUACCAAGUACAGGAACGUAGCUAGUCGAUACUACUAUGAUUACAUCGAUAUUUUUUAGCAUUACAAAAUCUUUUGUUUUUUAAAAUGUAUAUUAUGUUUAUAAACUCAGGAAAUAUGUCCCUGGACACAUGAGGACAUAAAUUAUGACCAUUGUAUGAUCCUGUAACUACUUGGUAUCGGAUUGAUACCCAAAUUUGUGGUAUCAUCCAAAACUAAUGUAAAGUAUCAAACAACAGAAGAAAAAGUGAUUAUUACAUUUUAACAGAAGUGUAGAUAAAACAUGUUAAAAGAGAAAGUAAGCAGAUAUUAACAGUAAAUGAACAAGUAAAUUAAUAAUUAAUUUUCUACCACUUGUCCUUAAUAAUGUUGACAAAAUAAUAGGUAGAUAAAUGGCACAAUAUGUUACUGCAUAUGUCAGCAGACUAAUUAGGAGCCUUUGUUGGUUUACUUAUUUAUAAAAGACAAGUUGUCUUUUAUUUAAGGACAAAUUGCAGUAAGAAACAUGUUUAAUGUACCCUAAGAUUUUUUGUUAAAAUAAAGCCAAUAAUGUCAUUUUUUGUGGUCCCCUUCAUUUACAAAAGUACCGAAAAGUAUCGAGAAUCAUUUUGGUAUUGUGACAACACUAGUAUGCUAACGUUAGCAUGUGUCAAUGUCUGGAACAUCGAGCAUAAUGGAAGGAAGUUCGGCCUGUGAUCCUUUUUCACCACAAGGGGGCGAUGUGUGUGUCAAUAUUAACGUCGGGACAUAAUCGGCAGGAGUGUAAAAAAUUUUUUUUUUUCUAAUUAAUCGCAAUUCUUAUUUGUCACGAUUCUAAAAACAGAUUUUUUUUAAACUGUCCUGUCCAACCACUUUAUUAAAUGAUUGGGUAGAAUUUUAUCCAAAAAAAACAGUUGUCAUGUCUGUGUGAUCAUGUUUUGUUUGGCCAUGUGCUUUUUUGGAUUUUGUCAGUCCCUGUUUUUUCACUCCCUGUUUUGUUUCCAUGACAACCCAUUAGUUUUCACCUGUCCUCAUGUCACACACCUGAUUCAUUUGCACUCACGCACCUGUUGUUAAUCAUGUCUGUGUUAUUUAAGCUUUUCAUUUUCUGUUGGUCGGCCUGGCGACAUCACAUUCAUGCUCUGCACUCUUGACACGCUGCUUACUCUGUCCAGGUCAUAGUUCAUGCUGCUCUUUUCUUGCCACGUAAGUUUUUUGUUUAUUCAAGCCACUGUUUUGUACCUCCGCUGUGAGCGCCUUUUGUUUGUUCCUUUUUUCCAUAGUUCUGCCUUUGUGAUAGUUUUGUUUUAUUAGCCAAGUUUGUUCCCCGCCUUGUGCGCGCCUUUUGUUUAUACUUUUUAUAGUCUAUUAUUAAAUCAUGUAUUUAACUUCA